ACCGAACAGACUGCAGACACAUUUUGCAAACAUCACACUCCUUGGAGGACGACUAUUUGAUCGAAAAUGGAGUGUUUGAUAGGAAUUCAAGGACCGGAUUUUGUUUUAGUGGCAUCAGAUACAGUGUCUGCGCGCAGUGUUCUUGUUUUUAAACAAGAUCAAGAUAAAAUGUUCAAAUUGAGCGAUAAGCUGGUAAUGUUAUGCGUGGGUGAAUCGGGCGAUACAGUACAGUUUGCAGAAUAUAUACAGAAAAAUAUCCAGCUUUAUAAAAUGAGGAAUGGUUAUGAAUUAUCACCAAGUGCUGCAGCAAACUUCACAAGAAAUAACUUGGCACAAUAUCUGCGUAGUAGGACCCCAUAUUCUGUUAAUAUGUUGAUAGCUGGAUACGAUGAUAAAUCAGGGCCAGCAUUGUAUUAUAUGGAUUAUUUAGCCUCGUGUAAUCAAGUACCGUAUGGAGCACAUGGUUAUGGAUCAUUUUUCACUCUUAGUGUUAUGGAUAGAUACUAUAAGAAAGGUCUUUCUAGAGAUGAAGCAGUUCAACUUCUCAGCCUCUGUAUUGAUGAAAUAAAGAAGAGAUUUAUUGUUAGCCUACCAACAUUUAAAGUUCGGAUAAUAGACAAGGAUGGUGUACAUGAUUUACCUAAUAUACCAGCACAGACAGAUGACAUGGCAUCAUAAACGUUUUAACCUUCAUUCCAUUAAUUGCAGCAGAUCCAGGUACCCAACCCCCUCAUGAGCAUACAUUUUUCCCACUCUGUCAUAUCACAAAGACUUGGUGUAAUUCCUCUUUUCUAUUGUGAAUUGUUCCCCAAGGAGUGAAUCCAGUUACACUGACCUUUAUAAACACAUUUUCAACUUUUGGACAAAAAAAAAAAAUGUAUGUAAAAGACUUGGUGCAAGUGUUUAGGACAAUAAGUUGUGAUAACAGUCUGAUAACACUGAUAUGGUAUUUAGUCUUUUAUUCAUCGCUGCAUCUUUGUCUUGAGUAAUUUGUUGUAAAAUGUAUUUUCACUCAAUUUCAUUUAGCUAGCUUAUACUGUUUAAGCUAGCACGAAUAAAACGAUUACAGCAUAUUGUCGAUAUGUUAAAUAAUUACCAUUCAGUGAUUUUUGUUAAGUGGGGAAAUAAAUCUUUUUUGUUUUCAUUCUAUGUUUGUAUUUUUUAACUUGAAGUGGUAGUUAUGCAAUGUUUGAAUUUGAUUUUCACUUUGGUCUUGUUCACUCAGCUGUCUUCUAGCAGGAUUGUUCAACCAAUUGGGGCGUGCCUUUCUCGUAAGCCACCUGUAACACUAUUUUGAAUUGGUUGUUGAUACUUACAGAUCUGAGAUGAAUUGCAUAGGUAGUUGGUCAGGUAAUUUGAGAUGAUUCACACAAGAGAUAUAUGCGCAUUUGAUUUUUAUCCGAUUGUUUUGUAAUGUAUAAAAGUCUGUAGAAAUCAGCAUGAUUUUCUGACCCCCCUCUUUAUCAACUAUAUAAAGCAUGCUAAAUUACCAAA